AUGCCUCCAAGUGACCAGCACUGGCUGGAGGUGCCUGUGCUGAACACAGAGGGCUCCACACAGUCCUCACGGGAUCCUUUGCCUUCUGUUUUUCUCAGGUUUUUUGAGGAGAACGGAGAACAAGUUUUGGUUGACGUGGAAGAUAAAACCAACAAAGAGAUAACUGAGCACAUUAAAAAAAUCUUGGGCAAAAGCAAAGAGACGCUUGAAAAAGAGGAAAGAGAAAGGAAAGAACUGUCACACCCAGCAACUUUUGGGCCCAAGAAGUAUCAUCUGCGAGAAUGCAUGUGUGAAAUUGAAGGCCAAGUUCCUUGCCCUGCUUUUGUGCCACUGCCUAAAGAGAUGAGGGGGAAAUACAAAGCUGCUAUGAAAAAUGAAGCAUCAGCCUGA